GUCAAUUUUGACAAGGAUCUUCGAUUCUCAGUCUCUUUGAUCUUCUUACCGCACAACAGAAGCUGCUAUUGACGGAUUUAUGCUAACCUUUUCCAGGAAAGCUUUCAGAAUGAAGCAGACUCUCUUAACCUUAUUUUUUCUAUUGUUCACCUAUGUUUAUGCAACUGAUUACAAUGCAGUGCAAACAAGCAUCAACUUGAUCCUCGAAAUAGCAAAAGAUCUCCAACAUGUUCCCGAUCCAUCGAAAGUGAAUCAACAAGAAGCAGGUGAUGUAACUUACUAUCUGGAAACACUUACCAUUCCAAUCAAGAAUAGUAAGGCUCAAAUUCAGAACUUCAGUGGUGUUUUAGAAUCAAAAGAAGCGGAUUCAAUCAUAACGAGUAUCGGUGUUAUGGAAGCAGAUUUUGCUAAAGGGAUGCCGGACCUUACCAAAUUGAAGACGGCUCUUAUCGCUGCUGGUGCGAAGGAAGAUAUGGAGUAUUAUAUGUUUUACUUGAACGAUGCAAUUCAUGGCUUUGCGAAAGCAUUGCCAAAAAUCUUUCCAAGUCCUCAACAAGCAAAAGCUGCAGAUAUUUGCAGUAAACUUCAAGCUGAAACUUUGAAUGCUUGCACUUCUUAUUACAAUAAUUGUACAUACAAAUGCUUCAAUGAGCACAAUCUGAACCACCUUCAACAUAGACUACAUAUCGGAAUGUUGAAGGAGUCAUCUGACGCCACAAUCAGACAUAUAAGAAUGAGCGUGACAGUAUCGUUGAUUGCAGGUGCUAUCUAUCUAUGUACGGCGUAUUUCAGAGACCAUAAAGGCACAUCAAGAAUUUUAGAGCUCAUAGAGGACACUCAAAAACUACAAAAGACAGGCGAGGUCGAUUCUUGCAUGCAAAGUGACAUAAGAAAGAAAACAACAUCAUUUGAUGGAAUGCAUACAAUUUCGGGUGCUUUAUGUGAUUUGAUUAGUUUUGCGGAUAUCGAACGGCUGGCCUACUAUGCAAGUAUUGCCGAAAUUAAUUUCAAUGCUGGCAUCAACAUAAACUUAAAGUUUGACCUUGCAAAUAUCAAUUCGAAUAUAGAUUUGGCGUAUGGCUAUGAUUUUCAAACGCUAGGGCGCACGAUCGUUAAAUCUGGCCGAACAAUCAAUUCAAUCGUCUUGUGCGAUUCUGAAGAUACAUAG